CCAUGGCAGCCUUGGGGCCCUGCCAGCUGGACACAAGUCCUGCCAGGCCCUGCUGGGCCCAUCCCCUUCUCCCACUCUCCAGGCGCGGGGUACAGGCUGCUGUGUCUGGAAGUGAGCGGCAGUUCAGGCCCUGCAGCACCACUUCGACUCUGUGAAGGUAAGAGCGAAGUUGUGCCCAGAUUUUGGGCACUGCUGAGCGACCCCCUCUCCCUGCAGCAGAGCCAGGGUGCUGCUGUGGAUGCUUUGUCCUGGGUGGAGGAGCAGAGCCAGGUGAAAAGCUCUCUCUGUGGUGCAGGUUGGCCAGCAGUUGGAUCUACGUGAUUAGAGGUCGCGGGCAGUGCUUUGUGCCUGGACGGCUGCUCACAGGACCCCGUUCCUGCAAAGGGAUGGCUGCAAAGAAAAAAGAGGCAUUGCCGCAGAUGAACAUCACUAGCCAGGAGCUUUGGGAAGAAAUGCUGUGUCUCAAAGGACUCAUUGUUGUUGAUGCGUUUCAAGCCUGGUGUGGCCCGUGCAAGACAGUAGUGGAUCUGUUCCAAAAAAUCAGGAAUGAAGUUGGUAGUAAUCUCCUGCAUUUUGCUGUGGCUGAAGUUGAUUCCAUUGAUGCUCUGGAAGGAUACAGAGGACAAUGCCAGCCUGUCUUUCUGUUUUAUGCCGAAGGAGAAUUAGUGGCUGUUGUAAGAGGAGUGAAUGCACCACUGCUGCAGAAAACCAUCCUGGAACAGCUGGCAGGGCAAAGAAAGGUUUUAGAACAUGGAGGAGAGCAAGUGCUGAUGCAAGACAGAGCCCUCUCCGAGGAGGAGGGAAGCGCAGCUGCUCUGCAGGGAGCACAGCGGGAAGGCCAAACAGGUAAGGCAGGAACAGUGUGGGAUGCUCUCUGUGCCUUUGGUAAGUGCCUCUGCUAAAGCUGGAACCUUCAGCCAGAGUUCAGCUCUGUGGGAUACCAGAGGGAGGAGGAUCCCUGCCCUGGCA